AUGGAAACUCUGACUGUAUCGCUCAAUAAAAAGAAAGGUACGACUCAAAGAAAAAACAGGUGGUUUUAAUUGGAAUAGUUUUGAUUAAUAAAUUGUCAACCAAGUUUUUGCAAAAGGUUCCCUUAGUCUUAUACAGUCAAUGUUCAUGGAAUCGGUGGUUCUUUCAUUUAAAUUUUGCUAUUCAUUGCUCAAACCCACAAAAGGGACGUUUUUAAAACCGUCGAUCAAUCCCGGAAUUGUUCGUUUAGUCAUCGGUGCCCAUAUAGUACCCAUCGUCACUUGUGGUCACGAAGUCUUAUUGAAGUUUUUGUAUUCAUGAAAUAAUUUUCAAUGCUCUCUUUCUUGUUUUAAACAUUAGCCUUUCGACCCCUCACAAUAUUUUCCUCCAAAACCACCUUUUUCCUUCCUUAUCUGAUGUAGUUACUAUCUCUUAGCCAAAGAAAAUUUCGAUCAUAGUUUGUUUAAAAAAAGAUGUAUUACAAAAAUACAUUUUUUAACGUUUCUCUUUGGAACUGUUUUGUUCACAGGGGGGUAUGGAUUCAAUAUCAAAGGGGGCCGAGACAAGCCCUUCAGAGAAGGGGACUCUUCUAUUUAUAUUACAAGGCUCAGACCGGGGGCUACCGCGGAGAAAGAUGGCCGUUUGGCUCCUGGAGACAAAAUACUGGAGGUUUGUAACACAUGAGAACAUGUAACACAUGAGUUUUGUAAAAUGGAAAUUUUUAUUUUCCUCUCCGUAACAACUUUACGACUGAAGCGCUAAAAAAGGCGAUUUAAAAAGAUCUUCUAUUAACCAACAAAGUUGUUGACACUUGCAACUGUUCCUGCAUAGUUGCCUCUUUUGAUACUUUAAGUAACAUCAAAUUUCUUCUUUUUUUUUUCAAUAAUUUUGGGUAGAUCAAUGGUAACGAUGUUAGUGAUGUCACGCAUUCUGAAGCCUUGGACUUGGUGAGGAAAACAAAAGGAGGGAAGCUGACCUUAUUGGUACAGAAACGAGCUAUAAAGGUAAUCAGCGCUUUGAGGAUUGGUAAACGAAUAUGACAAGACAAAUUCGGUAGCUAUAACAUUUAAAAAGAGAUGAAAACCAGUUGACCCUUCUCUCUUAGGUGAACUUAGAUUAAAAUUUGCCGUCUUAACGGAACCGCAUUUUUCUCGUCAUCUUCUUCCAAUUGACUCGAUUACAUGAUUCUGAUCUAAUCUAUAGUUUCACUAGGAAACCAAACCGGAACGAAUAUCAUUAAGGAACUUUGGAUAGUUUACUUUUUCAUGUUUAGCGUCUCAAAUUUGGUUCUAUUCCUAUAAUAAUUUCAGCUCGAAUUCAAUUUUUCGUCUCAAAAAAUGUCAUUAAAAGGUUUUCACUAAUUGACUGAAUUUUGCUAAGUCAAAAAACUUCAUGUUUGCAGUUCACUGAAGGUGAGGAUGGAGAUGACGGACUCGGUGUCAUGAGCAUACAACUGCAUAGAGAAAAGAAAGGUACUGUAUUGCACCUUUAAAGUAUUAUAAAAAAAAUAGUAGUCCAUGUACACUUGCUACAAAUGCAGUGUCCUUUUUUCGCUUGUUUAUUAACAUCGUUUCCUUGAUAGGGAGAGGCUUGGGUUUUAACAUCCGAGGAGGUAGAGAUAGCCCGUACGUUCCUGAGGAUCCAAGUAUCUACGUAACCCGAAUCAAUUCAGAAGGCGCGGCCGCCAGUGACGGGAGACUUAGCGUUGGUGACAAACUUCUCGAGGUAGGAAUAUUUUUGUGACUCAUAACCAAAUAAUUUUAGAACCCUUCUGACGGCUUUUAUGAGACGAAAACUGUGGUGAAGUAUUGAUCAGGUGACCACUCUGCUUAAAACAUCAAUUAAUGGAGUGUGGUAUUGUGCGAGAAGUUUAUGGAUACCAUUUCCGAGACAAUUUUCUACUAAUUUCUCCAUAAUUUUUUGGCUGUCACUGAAAAGGUGAUAUAUUUUUUUCCCCCAUAAUAGAGAUUUCUGCAUUUAACUGGCAUGAAAAAGGUUUAUAUAACAGAAAAAUCACCUUAUGUUAUUUUUAACCCAACAGAUCAAUAAUGUUAACGUAGAGGACACCACAAUAGACCGCGCUAUCGAUCUCAUUCAGUCCAAGAAAAGACUUCUCCUACUGGUAGAGAAAAAGGCACUCCAGCGAGUGGUGGUAUGUCAUCCAAGUUUCUGAUUUCCACCGCUUUUCAACCCAAAACUGAAGCAAAUUUAACAUCCUUUUUUUGCAUCCCGCUUCGUUCCCUCUUUCUUCAUCCAAACAUCCUUGUUUAUCACUGUAGAUUUGCUUUUUGUGCACGAACUACACUAAACCUAUCUUUCCCUUGUCAGGCUGAAGAGAAAAAGACAUCUUUCUGCCUGCUUUUUUCCCUCAUUCCCCAUAGUAUUAGAUAUUUUUCUGUGGUAGUCGAUUAACAAGAUCCAAGCUUAGUCACCUCUAAUAACUUAAGUUAUUAGAGGUGACCAGUUAGAUAAUCUGACAAAUGUUCGAUUGUAAUCCGGUUAUUUUAAGCUGGCUGAAUCCAUACAAACCUGCCAAAAUUUAUGCAGAUACAAUGCGCAAAAAAAAGAUUAGUAAGAAAACUUAACUGGCUUGAAUUAGUAAUGCAGCCAAUAAACCUCAACGGGUUUUCUUUUUUUUUGACAACAAACUUUUUAAACAUUAAGUUGAUGCAGAGAUGCCAACAUAAUACGAGCAAAACGGUACCACGGGUUUGUUGAAAUUGAAUUCCUUACCGGUGCAUUUGACGAGUUUUGAUUCGGAAAUGCAAUGAGGCCAAGAGCCUUUUGAUCGAUUACCUGGUUUUCAUACGAAAAUAAUGUAAGUUGAUGAUAUGUAUAAAACACGCUCGUGCAACAAUGAAUUCCUGUUUGCACAACCCAAGACAACAAUGUAAACAACGGAAUCUUCUAAUAUUCGCCCAACCCCGCCUUUUUAACACCUUUACCAACCAUGUAAAAAAACUACUUUGGUGGCCGAUUCCAAACGUUGAAGUAUGCGACGUUGACUGUGCUCGACAUGGCAACACCUCACGUAAGAUAAACCUUAGACAGAACGAGUCGUUGUCUCUUAUAAUUUACAAAAGGGUGACUGACCGCAUUUUUCCACAGAAAACCGUACGGGAAGGCGCAGUAGACAGCGUAAGAGGAGUCGAAAACGUGAUUGAAUUGUACAAGGACCCUGAAUAUGGUAAUGACUGAAUACACGAGCAAUUAGGGUUAUCACAAGACUAUAUGGGCUGUUUUUUUUUUCUUGACUCAGGGAGGAGUUUCGAGUAACGAGUGACCGUUUAGACAAUCAUAGUGCAAGGAGGAGAUCUGAAUUGUUCAAAACUUAAGCUGUUUUCCUUUUCCAAUUCAUUUUUUCGCUCUUUGACAAUAACAUUAAGAGAUCUUAAAAACAAAAGCAUCAGUUCCAAGGGUGCUAUCUUCAUUUGCAUUUUUAUUUAGAUUUUACUUCCAUUGUAUUUAAUCCGUUUGUGUUACUUUAAAAAAAAGCAUAGACAAAGCUUAAAGAUUCUUAUAAUUUUCAAUGCAUCUUAAAGGGAAGGCUAAACAGCAGAAUACCCUGCCACUCAUUUACAUGUCAUUAAGCAAGAAUAGCGUCUAUUGUGUUAUGCCUCGUUCUUGAAAGCCUCACGACACAUGUACAUGAGGUGGACCAAAGUGGCAGGGUAUUCUGCAGUUACUACCAAGGGACUGACACACAAAUCACUGUAUCAUGAAAGUAUUCUCAGAGAAAGAUUUCGGGUGAAACCAUGUUCAAAAAUUUAAUUGCAUUUGUGGCUUCACUCCUUCCCAGGCCUUGGGUUCAAUAUCAGAGGAGGCAGUGACGCUAAUUACAUGCGUGGCCAUCCGGGAAUCUUUGUAACGUCAAUCAAACCAGGAGGCUCCGCUGAUCGGGACAGUCGGCUAAAAAUCGGAGACAGACUCCUUGAGGUACAUUUGAAUUGCUAAAAAUAAAUUUUCUUAAUUCCGUUCACGAUGGACCACAUUGAAUGUAGAUCGCAGGUUCCGAUUGUAUACCGCUGACGACUUUAUCAGGCGAUCAAGGUCACUGUUCAUGCGCAAAACGCCCAAGACCACCCACAUCUGAUGUUUCUGAGUUGGACAUGAGCAAAUGGCGGUGAGGGAUGAACGCUUUCACCAGUGUAUUUGCUUCCCCAUACCCACCUAUACUCCCAGAAACAUUUGUUGGGACACCUACUGCCUCCCCUCCCUCUCAAUGUUGGUCCGCAAGAUGGCAUAGACACAUUAGUAAUUAACAACAUUGGAAGGGGGAGAGGGGUGAAUUAACAUCUUGGAGGUUGCUCUGGAGAAGUGUCCCAACUUAUUAUGUCUGGGAGUGUAGGUUUCAAAUCAUAUAAAAGCAACAAAAAUGUUCUGAAGUAAUUGUCUUUUCACCUUCAGAUAAAUGGCGUGGACGUUCGCUCUGUUCCUCAAGAUGCUGCAGUUCAACUUGUUCAAAGAUCCGUUGACAAAGUUACUCUAUUGGUUGAAAAGGACGCAGAGCAGCUGUUUAAAAACUCUGAGUUUUACAGUUUGGUAAGAGCUUAAGGUCUCAAUUUGUAGUUACAAUUUCCGAAGUAUAGCAUUCUGAGUUGAAGUAAACGUAAUGAGUUAUGAAUAAAAGCUGUUCACGCCUUUGUCAAUAAACACCCAAGGUAAUGUAAGGACUUCCUUAGUUGUCUGUUGUACCUUUGUCCCGCCUAUAAGAAUUAAAGUACUUCAUCGUGUGAGUUAACCAUAAGGAUUUGGUUCGACUGAUUUUAUAUGAACCCAUAUUUGUAGAGUGAUUUUGAUGAGAUCGAUAUGAGUGGAGAGGCAGGCUGUUUCUUCAGAGAUCAGAAAAGGAGAAUAGGUGAGUCUGUACAGACACUCUUAAAAAUCACUUUGCCACAGGAGAACCUUGUUCUUAUUUUACCCCAGAUAAGGAAUUUUAUAGUUUAUUGGGUAAAGUGUUACUAGUAUCUCACCGGUUUUCUUCGCCUCCUGCCUAGACUUUGUCCUGGCUUACGAAGAGUUCGAUAAUGAACCUGCUUCGAAAGAAACCCUACGAUACAGAAGGAGGUACAUGAAAAACCUGCAGAAAUCUCAGCUGGAGUUCGAAGAGGUUUGACCGUUUUCUCGAUAUGUGAAUUAUCGUCUUGUUCCGCAAUCCACACUUGUUGAGAUGUGCUACUGAUUAUUUUGAAAGAUAGAUAAUACUUUUAUCAUAUUACAAUUUCUUUCCUCUCUGCACCACAGAGAGAUACUUAAGAGUUGAUAACUAAGGCUUCUGUUUGGCUCCUAUCACGUAAUUCAUGACAGUCGACCUGCAAGACAAACUACUUAUCAUUUGCCACCCUCUGCCUCUCUCCACAAAAUGAUCCCUGUCUCUAAGACUAUCAGACUAAUAGCAUACCUAAUCCGCGGUUCUAGGAACAAUCCCCAACGAAGAAAGGACACCUUCACUUCAUCAAAGUUCACGUUCCGUGGGAAGUCAUGUUAUUCUACGCCGAAGAGCUGAAUUUUAAAGGUCCACUGAAGGUACAGAGGGCUAGAGUUCAUGAUAGUGUUCGUUGGGCCGAGGGAGCCUUAAUUCAAACCAAAAAUCAUGAUUGGAAAUCGCUCUGACGAAGGGCUAACGCUCGAAGCGUCAGCUUUUUUACCCUUUACGGUGGCUAAUUUACGUUUUCAACUCAGUUGUUAACACUAAAUUACCUGCUAUACUCUCCCACCGACGCAGCACCACAGUUUCUUUAGAAACUUACCCCUUUAUUCAAAAAUCAUACAUAUUUGUGGUAGGAAUUUAUCCCCUGCGACACUCUCUCUGUGAGAGGAGCAAUGAAGGUCAGCCUUCCAUACACCCGGAAAUGAUUGCUGACCCGGACAAAAGAGUUGCGCGCAUUUAACUGCAUACUAGUUUUUGAGAAGCACGUUCGCAAGAGGUAAGGAGUCAAAAUGUUUCUUUUUUACCACCGUACUAACUGAUUCUCUCCCCUCAAAUCGUCUUUCAAUUCAAAGGCGAGAACAGAAGAAAAGAUCAACUGGUCAGAGCGGAUAUUGAAGAAAUUUCAUUUGCCAAAUAUAUUCAAGGAUGAUGUCCCAGAUCAACCCCCAAAUUACUUUACAGCCACCUUUCAAGCCAGUAAACUGCAGAGGUAACUAAAAAACGUCAUGAAAUGUUUUGCAUGAAAUAACAUCUUGAGAAAAACACUUAAAUACGAUAGGCGAACAUAUGAACACUCUGAUUAAUACCAAAAAAGAUUACUCUCCGGUCAAGGGCUAGUUGUUUCACAUCCUUAAACGUAUACAAUGUUUCUACUCCGAAAUUUAUGGAUGUAAAUAAAACUGAGUAUCCCUCGCAUCUUAUUCUUUGUCUUUUCUUUGUGUCGAGUCUGAGUGCUUUAAAUUUUUCUUCCCCUGCAGAUUUGUAGGAAGCGACAACCCAGAAACGUACUUUAAGGACACGGAACGAACAAGAGUAGUGAGUUUUUGUUGUAUUCUUGUGUUAUUAAAGUUAUCUCACUCUGAAAAAAUAAAAAAUUAAUAGAUCCUUUUGCAUAUUUUCUUGCUCGUGUAAACGGUUUUUUUUCUUCCAGGCAAAUGAGAUCCUCGAAACAGCUGUGUACGGAAGCCGCAACAAAGGAGAAAUAGGUAACGGAUCGAUUUUACUUGAACAAGGGAUGACAACAAAAGAGGACUUGGCGCUAAUGAAAGGCACAGAUCGAGCGCUAACGAGAAAUUAGGAUGAAAAAAGCACUCAGAACAUUUCCCACUAAGCAGGCAUUGAAGAUAUUAAAUCAGUACAAUCAUAACUGCACAAAAUAUCGAUCAUUGCUUAUCCUAAUAAUAAACAGAACCUUUCCUGACUAGGAGUAAACCAAACAUUCCUAGCCAUAGAUUGCCACGUGCUAUUUUCUUUCCCAGUCGAGAGGCAAAAUGACUUUAACAAUCUUAAUUGAGCGGCCACAUUUUAACAGGGCUCUUUAACAUUUAAGGCUAGUGAACAUCUUCAAACGGUAAAAAAAUUAGUUUUUCUCUAAUUGAUGGGAAAGAGUUCGGAACUCGAUAGUAUUAGGGUCUUCAAUGCAGAGUCGGAUCUUUCUUAUUCCACUCACCGUAAUGACAAAUACCUAACAUGUUUUAGUGUAGCACCAUUGCAGGGAUUGGCCAGAGCAUGAAGUACCUUUCUUGUUAAACUAGGUUGAAUAACGAAGAGUGGAUAAUGUUUUUUUUUUUGUUCAGGUAUUAGUCGACUCGUGGAGGAAGGAGUAUUUACAGCAGCGUAUCCUCUUCAUGUGGUGAGCGUGGUAGCAUAGGAAAUGACAGAUGAAGUGGCUUUUAAGUUCAUGUAACUCAGUUGUCAUACACAUAUAGUGAUGAAGACCACGAGAUGAAACCAAUUUUAAAUUACCUAAUCAAUCUCGUCUGCCCACUGUAGCACAGUGACCCAAACACUACCAAAUUUGUUCAUCAAUAUCCACAGAAUUGAAUCUGCAGCACGGAAAAUAGAUCUGAAAUUUAAUCAAUGAACUUUCCAGACUUCCCGCUCGUUCAGUAUAUGGCCCAAACUGCAGCCACUCUCUUUUGACAUGUUAUCUAAUUACUCACAGGGCCCAGCAGAGCUGCCUUCAGAUUGGAAUAAGGCACCAGAUGGACCAGAGGAGAGAAGACUAAGUCAGAGACAGGUAAGCUAUAUCUAAAUAAAACCUCGGAACUCUACCCAGCAUCUGCUUGAUACUCAACUGGCAUAGAAAAUCACACGAAAGCGAUUCAUUGUCAAACCUCGAUAGACCGGAGUGAGUAAUUGGCAAUCCUUCGAAUACAGGCAGAGCUGUCUGUUCAUCUUAAAGCGAGUAUGAAAGUCUGGUACGUGUGCCGGCCCGCUUUAUAAAAGCUUUACAGUAACUUAGACAGCCAUGUUGUUCAAGAUCAUGAUGACAAAUCUUUUGGCCGCGGGUUCUAAAACUCAAGCAAGGUUGGCACGGCAGUGUAAUCAAAAUUCUGUAAGUCAAACGAAUGUAUGCGACCUCAAAUCACGAGAACAAGAUCAAAGGUAAUACCUUUUUUUUUCAGAUCUUCGUCAUCUUUUUUUUAAACUCUCUUCGAGUCUUUCCAAAAUGACAGAGCAACUUCACAUAAGUCAUAUUUUUUUUUGUGUCAGAUACUUAAAGAAUACUGGGCACGAUGGGGAAAGUGGCUGAAAUAUCAACCACUUGAUCACGUCAGAGAAUACUUUGGAGAGAAGAUCGGCAUUUACUUCGGUUGGCUUGGUAAGUAAUGACUUCUUAACAUCGUGUUGAUCAUUUUAUCGCCAAAAACUGAAAAACGUUCUCAUUUACCAAAUUUUUUCACACGUGUACUUCAACCCAUCUAAAUUUUGCUCCUUAUCUAGCUAGCUGUCCAUAACCAUUUUAUAUUGCACCCGCUUCCCUGGCUCACUAUUUACCUCCUACAUGUACCAUCUUUGGCUGUCCCCUAUCACACUUCCCUCCCUCUCUUUCCCCUCCAACCACCGGACAGCCCCCAGUGUUACCCACAACUACAACAUGUAACCCACCUAUACGAUGGUCACCCCCAUCUUUUUUUUUUUUUUUUUUUUUGUUUUUUUUAAUCCACAUGCUUUACAUUUCUAACAGGGCAAUACACAGCAUGGCUGAUACCACCCUCCUUUGUUGGGCUACUUGUUUUCCUUUACGGUUAUCUGACAAUAGAUAGUAGUCAGAACACGGCGUAAGUAGGAAAGGAUUAGCAAUGCUAGCCACCAUAAAUCACAAGCAAUAUAUAACUUCUUACUUACCAUGGCCAUUUUCUAAGGUCUUAGAUGAAAGUUCUUCCUCUUCUUUUUAAAAUAAUCCGACCCCACUGCCACUCUCUGAAAUCUCAAAUUUACAAACUGUUUUGCCUCGUUACUAAUUUAAUUUAAUGACCACAACAAGAAUAAGUUUAAAAAAAUCUCCUAUGUUCAGUGAUUGCCGAGCAAACCGAGUUUACUUAGGGUUGCACAUGUUUCAAUAAUUGAAUAUUUCCAUCUUUUGUGUCCUUUACCGUGACCCCUUAUUAGGUGUUUUGCGAUGAAAAAUACUUCUUUUAGGGUUUUUGUUAUUUUCUGAGUGAUUUUACCUUUCAGUUAAUAAAUCGUUAAUAAAUUUUAAAACGUGCUUCACAGGCUUGAGAUCUGUAACAGCGCGAACUGGACAUUUGUAAUGUGUCCACUGUGUGAAGAAGAACUGGGCUGCAAAGCGUGGGACUUGAAAUCAAGUUGCUCCCGAGCGAGGGUAAGAGGGGGUUUUUGUAUCAAAUGCAUAUCGUAGCGUUACUGAAAGACUAGAUUUAUGGUCUCUAAAUAUUGGUAACCUUGUGGUAACCUUUUGGCGCGAUGCCCGGAAUACUGAAAGGGUUAGACUUCGAAAAUUUCUACAUGCAAAAAAAGGUCGUAUUUACGACACAAAGGUCGGCACAAACAAUCAAGCUGUUUUGUUACUUCUGUUAUUGUUGUGUUUUGAUUGACUUUUUAAGUCUUCCGGCCCCAUUUUGCAAUUGAGCGGCAUUCGUGGAAAGUUUUUGAACGCGAUCGGAGCAUUCUGAGUUAAUCCUCUACCAACCAGUGAGUAUAAUGGAGAGAUAUAUGCUUCAAUUAUCGAUGAGUUAUUUAUUUAUAAUUCGUUUUCUUUUUCAAGACAUCGUACUUAUUUGAUAAUCCAGCCACAGUGGGUUAUGCCCUUUUCGUUGCUUUCUGGGGUAAGUUCAUUUUUUCGUUAGUAUACAUUAUUUAUUAUAACAUAAAUGUAAUAAAAUUACUUAAAGACCUGUAAUAUACACAAACAGCAGCAAACCAUUAUAAUAAUUAUAAAUUUUUUAGCCAGUGACUAAAGGACACACAUUGUCAGUUAAGUGUGUGUGAACGCUCACUUUCUUACAGCUGUGUUUUUCCUGGAGUACUGGAAACGAAAGGAAAUCACUUUGGCCUAUCAAUGGGAUGUGCUGGGCUUCGAAGAAGAAGAGGUACUUUAUAUGAGGCUGAAUGAUUUUUUACGUAUUCGAUAAUGUGUUUGAAAAACCAUUUGUCUAAUUUUGUUACAUGGAAUGUGAAAACCCUAAAUAAAAUGGAUCAGAGAAGCUCAACGGCUAUCUUACCAAGAAUAAUUAAUGAGAUGCUAUUUUUGAACAACUAGCAAUCAGCCUUACGUUUAGGACUAUCUUUUAUCAUGCUUUCAAACAUGUUUGACUGUUUUAUCUUUUUCUAGGAAAGACCUCGACCCACCUUUGCAGCAUUAGCUCCAGCUGUGGAGAGGAAUCCUGUAACAGGGCUUUUAGAACCACACUUUCCCGAAGAAAAGCGAUUCCCAAGAAUCGUUUCAGGAAUUGCUAUUGUUAUCUGUAUGGUAAGAAAACAAGAGAAAAAGAGUAAGAUGAAACCCUUUGAGACAAAUUCCAGAUGAAAAGGAAGUUUUCAUUGAGCCAUUGAAUUCAGUGACAAGCUGCUCAUAAUCAAACUCUUCAUUAAAUUGAUUGCUAUCAUUGAAUUCAAAGGAAGUCGUGGUCGUAAUUCUAAAAAUCAGCCCAGCGCCACUCACUUAACCGAAAUAAAAUUACUCGUCCAAUUUCUCUCCGAGGUUCUUCUCUGAGUCUUUUUACCUUUACUCAAAGGCGAAUCUAGUGAGUGAAGUAAUGUGUCACCUCUUGGACUGAACCAGAUGGUUCCAAACGUCGUUGACUUUUUUCAGAAAAUGCCAAAAAAUAUCAAAUGUACAAGAAACCAAGUUCGCUUACUUGGAUAGUUUAGAGAUCUACCCACUCCUAAUUCCACUACCCGCACUUAAAAGAUGAUACGUGUUCCGACAGGUUUCCCUCGUGGUAUUGUUCAUGGUCGGAGUUAUCGUAUACAAGCUGCUUGUGAUUCAUCCACUCUACGAAAACCCAAACUUUCAGGAGUAUGCUUCAACUAUUGUAUCUGUGACAGGCUCAAUCAUGAAUCUUAUCAUCAUAAUGAUACUGAGCAAGGUAAGAAAAACAGGGAAAAUGAGUCUUUCUAAUUAUUCAACCUUUCUACGAAAUGCGUUUCAUUUACUUUUUCAUGUGAAGUGGUUAUUUAAAAGACGUCUUUCUUGCUAGUUUUGUACACAGUAAACGUUUAGGAACUACACAAUAAAACGCUUUUAACUAAGUCGUAAAAACAAAACCAGAGUAAUAAAAUCUGCCAAUCACAAAAAAGGCACUUGUCACAACAACCAAUAAGAACUCAAAUGAACAAAAACGUAAAUAGCUUCAAGCACGGGAAAAUGUGAGAGAGCAAGUCACAAAUAGUUUGUUUCUACAUCGGAUUGGUUGCAAGGAUGGCGCGACCUUUCUGGACCAGUUAUAAUGCAUGGUAAGCUAAUGCGGGUGCAUCAUUUAAAACCAUUAUAAUCAAAAUUGUCAAGCAGAGUAAGAUAAAAAACCUUAAAGACCCAAUCAGGACUCAACGCAGAGACAAGCAAAUUGCGUAAAGCGCGGGAAAACGCUGGUGAACAAGUCGUAGUUGGUUUUAAAUUGGCAUCUGAUUGAUUGAGAGAGUGGCGCGAGUUUUCUUGACCAAUCACAGAGAGAAGCUAGUAAAACCAAUGCAAUUUAAUUUACUUUCGACACUCAUUUGAAAACUACACGAAAUAGAUUGCUGAAUAUUAAGAGUUUCUGUAGAAGUGCUCAACGAUUGACGACUAGAAAUGUAGUAACUGAAAAGAAAACCUUACUUGAACAUAAAUAAUAUUUUUUUUCACAAAGGUCUAUGAAAAGUUAGCCUACGUUUUAAACCAUUGGGGUGAGUUUUCUUUCCUGAAUUUUAAUAUAUUUGAUAUUUUAUAUAUACCACAGUUCACCGGUUGAAUGAGUACACUCCACGUGUCAAACUCAAAGUUAGUUGAAAUCACUCUGCAGGUGUUUAGCUGCAGGGAAGAGAAUGCAAUGUUUAACUUCAUAUGAAGAGUGGAUGGAAUAACAAAUAUAUCAGUUCUAUCUGCCCUAAGCAUCUGAACCCUAAGAAAAAUGCUAAUUAAUGGAAAAUAAGUUAUAAGUACCAGCAACUGGCGAAGCAACUUGGACUACGGUUAUUUGAGGUUAGCGAGCCGCCUCGGGUUGCGGUAACUCGGAUUGACUCAAGCUCUGAUUUGGCUCCAAAAUAAGUUGACUAUUUUUUCUUCUUUUCCAGAGAUGCAUCGCACGCAAACGGAAUACGAAGAUAACUUAACAUUCAAAGUGUUCGUGUUCCAGUUUAUGAACUUCUUCGCUUCCAUCUUCUACAUAGCUUUUUUCAAGGGAAAGUAAGUUGCUAACUCAGAUGCCCUUCAUCUUGCUUCAUUUUCAUUUUUAUUUUAAUUCCUCGAAUACACGAAAUAUAUGAAACACUUAAUGCUUACUUCUUUUGCUACUCUUUUCUUUUUAGACUUGUUGGUUAUCCAGGAAAUUAUACAAAGAUAUUUGGCCUUAGGACAGAGCAAGUAAGAUCAAAGAGCAUCCCUCAACAACCAAUCAUAUGAUAAGCUACACGAUACAUGCUCUGAUUUUGAUUGGCUCUUGCCCAUGAUCUAUUAAAGAACAGACCCAUAGAUGACGUCACCAUUAACAACAUUAAGUUUUAUUAUCAUACAAAACGAAUAAAUUCUAUGUUGCCGUCGGUCUGUGCAGUAAUAGAUCUCAGAGGAUGUCAAAAUAUGGUAAGAACAUCGAUGACACUCGGCUGCGCCUAGAGGCUCCCCAUUUUUUUGUUUUUACAAAAUUUUGACGUCAUCUGUGAUCUAUUACUGGAAAGAAUCACUGUAACAUGGAAUCUAUAAGUUGCAUAGUGAGCUGUAAAGAGAAGUUGUUAACAAAGGUGACAAAAAUCGAAAGCAAAGAUGAUGGUGCUGUAGCAAAGGUUGGGGGCUCACUGAACGUGCAAAAUCUUGUGGCUUUUGUGUUAAGCAUGUAACUGAAUGUCUCUCUGGUUACUGUACACUGUGCUGGUUCCGGACUGAAAUCCCUGACAAAAACAUGUAACGAAAUGUCUUGGGCUUCAUAAAUAUUGUAAAUAACCGUUAUAAGUGAAAAGAACUUGAACCGUUAAGUUUGCCUAAAUGACCAACUUUGUAUGGUAGAAGACCGCAUGAAAAAAUCAAACAUACGAUAGUUCCCUGUUACUUCUCGUAUUUAUUUGAAACAUGUCUUAAUUUGAGGUGAGGGAGCAAUUUUAUUGAGUUAAAACUAGUCUGAAGUACUUUGUCAUCUUGCAUUUACAGUGCAGUCCCGGUGGAUGUCUGAUGGAGUUGGCUCAACAGCUGUCAGUUAUCAUGAUUGGCAAGCAAGUCAUCGGCAAUGUACAGGAAGUCCUUGUGCCGUAAGUUUUCAGCUGAACACAAAUUGGUUGAGCUUAUUCAAUGCUUAAUCGUUUCUAUCCCAUUGUUAACAUCAUUAUACCCAUUUAUUUAUUCCAUUUUCCUUUGGCUCAGUGAAAUAAAAAAGUUCAUGAAGAAGAGAAAAAUGGGAGUGACCGGAAAUGAGGUGAAGCCGCGCUGGGAACUGGAUUAUGAUUUACUGGAAAACGAAGGCUUGUUUGGAGAAUACCUGGAAAUGGGUAAGGCCAGAAACCUUUUGGUUGUUGAACGAUCUUCAAAUGCGGACAAGAGUCUAGUAUGAAAAUUUACUAUCAGUGAAUUUGAUUGGUCUAUUUGUGGACUACUGUCUGUAUUGUUUUAGAUCCUAAUAACUGUGGUUUCAAUAGGUAGAUCUCGACCAAUAUAGAUGCAAAUCUGAUUUACCAGGCUAUGACCGUUUUCAAUCACUUUGUAUUCAUUUUGAUCGUUAAAUAGCAAUAAAGCAAGGUAAAUCGGGUUUAUGAAACCAGCAAAGAAACAUUUGAUGAAACCAGCAAACAAACGUAAUUUUUUUUUCACUUAUUUUUUCCAGUCAUCCAGUUUGGUUUCGUUACAAUCUUUGUGGCUGCCUUUCCUCUGGCUCCGUUCUUCGCUCUCGCCAACAACAUCUUUGAGAUUCGCAUUGACUCAGACAAGAUGGUGUGCGAUUUGCGGCGUCCUGUGGCACAUAGAGCACAGGACAUUGGAAUCUGGUUCAGUAUGUUAUCAGCGAUAGCGAAAAUGGCUGUCAUCAGUAAUGUAAGUACAGUUGCAAUGGUUGUAGUAGAUCAAUAAUGCGUGCAGUGACUUAUCAUGACCGGAAGUAACAGUGGAGCUAAAAAACAUUCUAAAUACAAGCAUCCUAGUAAAUCACGUUUUUAAUUUGCAGAAAAACUCAAAAGAACUCAAAAACAAAUAACUCUGAAAAGUCAUGCUUGUUUCACGCUUUAGGCGAGUGAAGAACCUACUUCCUAGAGAAUUAUACGUUCGGAGAUAUUGAAGUGUUUGUAAUGAGAUUACAAUAAACCAGUUACUCUUGUUUAAUCUAAACUAGAUUAAAUAGUUAAACAACAGAAUGAUUAUUUGAUAGAAAAGAGUUAGAAUGCUAAGGCAUAAUACUUCUUGUUUCUCUUUACUUUUUCAAAGGCUUUCCUUAUAGCAUUCACCUCGCAAUUUUUGCCAAAAUUGUUGUACAGAGCUUCUAUAUCACCAGAUGGCUCCCUUCACGGCUACACUAACUACAGCCUUGCCUGGGCGCCACCCAACUCUACAUCAGUACCCUGCAGGUAACCACAUACCCUAAAUUUUUCAUAAAUUUUUAACAAGAUACAGUAGAAGAAAAAGUCAACCACAGGUCCCUAACGGCCAAGAGAUGCUUAUCAUGUCCACCACAAAACGUGAUGAAAAUUCUGGUCGGCAUGUACUGGUUGAUAUGUACUACAAUCUCUUUCUCAAAGAAAAAGUCACCAGGAACACAUCAAAACUAAACCCAAGCAAACCAAUCCAAACGUGUUAAGAGCAUGAUAUUUAUCAAAUGACCGGAAAGUGUUCACUACAUAGAGACCAGAUCUCGGCUAAACAGCCUGUCUGUUACAAUUUCUGGACGUUAAAAUGACAAGUUAUAAGCCGUAGUAAGUUUUGGACGUUGGCACCAUCAGAUCGUUCUGAAAUCCACAGCGAAAUGAAUGUCACAUGGUCACCAAAACGAUCUUCUACUUAUUGUACAAAGUAUUCGAGGAAGAUUUUCCAAUCCUUGAACAGAUCCUUCCUCUGCGCUAUGACUUACGCUAAAAUAUUUCGUUUAAUUUUUGGAAAGAACAAGGGAUUCUCUUGGUCGUUUGGAAGCACCUGAAACUAAAAUACACGUGAUAAUUCACGUUUAUUAUCAUACACACGACAUACACGUAAUACACGCAAUGCUUAAUGACCGACUGGGAGCGCCGCUCAGAGAAGCAUUGGCUCGAGGUAAUAACCGAGAGCCAUAAUUUUCCCGUCUGCUUCGACCUACUAUAAGUCAGUCAAUAAGAGCCACUCUUUCUCUUUCUGCUUUCUCGCACCUUGUAUCCUUCAUCACGCGGGGCCGUAGCCUUUUCCCAGCCCUGCUUGCGCUAUUGCAUGCGGCCCUCAUCCGGGGAUCUGUUCACAUUGGUAUUCAGUGAAGGCGUUGGGGCCGAAGUUGUUGUAUGAUAAAGGAAGUGAGUGAUUAGUUUCAAACGAGAAAAAAAUGAUGGGUCAUCAUAGUCGUUGGCAACUCCAUUCGCAAUGUUUUAAUGUUCAUCCCAAUUUCGUCUAAAAUUCGCCGCAGCUCCGUUUUCUUACUUGGCAUGAUCUUGUUCAUAAGAAUCCGCAAAUUUAACUCGAUAAAUAAAAAAGCGACUCAAACCGAACAUGGUAUGAAAUCUAAGGAAACUAUAUUUAAGACAAACAUCAGCCAUAAGAAUUGCUCGAGGCUAAACCGUUAUUGUGCUAUUUAUUGAGAAAAACAUUCGUACCUUUCAAGACAUUUUCUGUUUGAAAGCUUUUAAUCGUAAUCCGAAUAAUGGAUCAUUCAAACAUGGGAGGCGAAUACCAUAAUGAAGAAAAUAUUGUGGACACAAGUCUGCCUUCGGAGCUGCAACCCAAACGUUCCUACAACAUCUAUUGUGCACGAUAUAUAUUACUAGCGCAUACUCCUGAGUUCCUUGAAAAUAUUGUCUUACGUUAGAGGGUGAUUUGUCAAAUAUUUAUCGGGAAUGUUACGUAAAUUGCAAGCUUUGAUCUUGAAAAAUAAAACUUUAACAGGAUUCACCAAGUCUUAAUGGUUGGUUAAAUUCAAUCAUAAAUAUUUCAUAACAUCGAUCUGCAAAAGUCGAAUUAAUUUAUUGGAUCCUGUCGCGUCUUUUAAUAACUCUACCAUAUCUCCACAGGUAUAUCGAAUUUAAUAAUCCUGAUGGUAGUCCGAGCAAAUUUUAUUGGCAUUUGGUGACAUUAAAGCUGGGGUUUGUUAUUUUAUUCGAGGUGAGUUGAACUAAUUAAUCACCAAGAGAUUGCAACUUCUAAUUAUUUUGAUGUUUCAACCCUCGGGCUUCAUUCCAAGUGUGUAUCUUUGCACGUUUACUCCAAGAUGUUCCCUUCGUGUCCAUUGCUUGAGAACGCUUUUCUCAUGAACAAGGGGGAGCGUGUUCCGAACGCUCAAAUCUUCAAACUCAUGAAAACGAAACUGUUUACGAGAAAAGGAACGAAUCUGUCCCCACAAAUCACACACGCAGGUUACAAAUAGCAGCCAAGUUACACUUUCUGUAACUUUCUCGAACGUCCUUCCGAUAUAAAAUGAUUUUCGUUUGAUUACUGGACUUUACAUCAGUCAUAGUAGGUAGGGAAGUGGGUUGAACCAAUGACCAGCGCCCUGCACCCUGCGUCAAGCAUUUCGUGCCAAGUGCAGGCUUCAGUCAUUUUCCGAGCUAAAAAAAAAUCGGUCAGCAGGCAAGGAGCUGACAGCGGAAGGCCUGAAUUAUUUUCUUAUUUCCCCUUCGCCGGCCCUUUAUCCUCUGAUCAAGGCUUAAAAGAACUUAAGAGGCCAUGUGUUACGUUCUCGAACUGGGCAUUUCAAACAAUGACUCUACCCCAAAGAGAAUCUCGCAAAUAAGCUAGGUGGAAUUCCUGUGAUGACCAAACACCCCAACCAAGGAUAGAAGCAAUUUCACAUGGUGUACUGCCCUGAUACCGCGCGAAAAACUAAGGUUGGAGUAGGUCGCUGGAUUAGUUUUCGCUUCCUUUUACCGAAACUCUAUUUCUGUCUCUUUUCCGACAGCAUUUUGUGUUCUCCGUAUCGUGGCUCAUUGACAUGCUUGUACCUGAUAUACCAGCUGGCCUGGACCAAGCCAUUAAAAGAGAAGCGUACCAGGCUAAGCAGAUCAUGUCUGACAAUCACGGACUCAUGGGAGGAUUGCCUUCUUCUGAUGACUACAUGCUGGAACUUGAAACAUGACACUACCAUCAUAGGCUCUUUUAAAUUUCGCCUGCUUUACGCAACGCAAUGCAUAACCAGUUCAAUAAAUUAAUACAACGUACAAACAAAUCAAAUACGUUUCGCUCAAGUAAUAUUUAUUCUCAGGAGG